GAAUAGAAAUCAUCAUCCCUCAAAUAAAAACCACGACUUGACGACUUGUGAAUUGUGAAAAAAGAAAAAUUAAUGAAUUGAAUUGGAAAAAUCACAUUAAUUAAAGAAAAAAACAAAUAUGAUUAAAUCAACACUAACCACAUCGUUGGUUUUAUUUAUUUCAUUUGCAUUUUAUGCAAGAAGUGAAAUACAAAUUGGUAGUGAAGAAGAUGAAGUAAGUGGUCUAUAUACGAUUGAAGGACGAGUCUACUCACCGGAGCUCUAUGCUCCAGACUCGAAUUGGCAGCGCGAAACAACACUUUCCAUAAAUAGUGGAGAAUACAAAGGCUUCCUUCGUGAGGAUGGUGCAUUUAUUAUAAGUAGUGUUCCCUCUGGGAGCUAUGUUCUAGAAAUUCACAAUCCCGACUAUUUCUAUGAACCAGUUCGGGUUGAAAUAAAUCCAAAGGGAAAAUUCAGAGCGAGAAAAGUUAACUACGUUCAGCCAUCACAAGUUAUACAAGUGCCUUAUCCAUUGAAACUUAAGGCAUUGACACGAUUCAAGUAUUUCCAAACGAGAGAACAAUGGAAGAUAACUGAUUUCUUAUUCAGUCCAAUGGUAUUGAUGAUGUUGCUUCCAUUAUUGCUGAUGUUGAUUUUGCCAAAGAUGAUGAACGACCCAGAAGCUAAGAAGGAAAUGGAAAACAUGAAUUUCCCAAAGAUGACUAGUGAUAUGCCGGAAAUAAGUGAAGUAAUCACAUCAUUCCUGAACGGUGGCUCUAAACAAUCGGAAAAAGAAAAAAAACCUACAACUUCUAAACAAGCAAAAAAACGAAACUAAAAAGGGUGUGAUUAGUUAAUUUGUUUCCCUUAGCUAUACAAAAUUUGUAUGUUUAUCAUAAUGAUUGGUUGAAGUAUUUUAUAAACAUAAGCUGUUUAAUAUUUAAUUUAAUUUUUUGUUUAUUUUCUUGUCAAAACCAAUAUUCUUUUCCGUAGCAUUUUCUUCCUUGCAACUAGUGUUGCAGUGAUUCAAAAUUAUUAAAAUAAAAAACAACCAUUUAAAUAGUGAAUUGAAAUAAAAAAAAAAAACAUUUUGUAUAAAAAUAAAAACAAGAUUGACUAAAA